AGGGUGGGGAGGCCUAGUGGGGCGGAGCAAGGACCGGAAGUAGGUCCAGUGGCUUCAAGUGUUCGGGAAUCUUGACUGGGUUGCAAGGUGACUGUGACUGAGCGGUUGGGCCAGGAUCACUAUGGCUCUUAAAAGGCUCCUCAAGUUUUCAACUCUUUUAAGGUCUGCAACUUCAAUUUAUUUUCAGAGGAAUAUUGGUAUUACAGCUGUUGCAUUUAACAAGGAACUUGAUCCAGUUCAAAAACUCUUUGUAGACAAGAUUAGAGAAUAUAAAUCCAAGAGACAGGCAGCUGGAGGACCUGUUGAUAUUGGUCCUGAAUAUCAACAAGAUCUGGACAGAGAACUCUUUAAGCUUAAGCAGAUGUAUGGUAAAGCAGACAUGAAUACAUUCCCAACAUUCAAAUUUGAAGACCCCAAAUUUGAAGAGGCACCUAAACCUCAAUCUUGAGGAGUAACUACAGAGUAUAUCUUGCUGUUUUGAUUAUUUGUCAUGAAUAAUCAAUAGUUAUAAUAAAUUUUAAUUUCACUUUCACCAAA